CCUCUGCAGCCCCCCCUCCCCGGUUGCUGUCCAGCUGGCCCGGGUGCUGAAGCCGCCAGCAAGCCCCUCCAGGACUGGGCCCCCUUCCCCGCCCCCAGGAGCCUCGCAAGGGAGGCUGGAGCUGCCCGGCAGCCGCGAUGAGCGGAGGGGUCUACGGAGGAGAUGAGGUGGGGGCGCUGGUGUUUGACAUCGGUUCGUUCUCGGUGCGGGCCGGCUAUGCUGGAGAAGACUGCCCCAAGGCCGAUUUCCCCACCACGGUGGGCUUGCUCUCCCACGACGACUCCGCCAUGGAGCUGGACGGAGACAAGGAGAAGAAGUCGGGGAAGGUCUACUACAUGGACACCAACUCCUUGCAUGUGCCGCGAGAGAACACGGAAGUCAUCUCUCCCCUCAAGAACGGGAUGAUUGAGGACUGGGACUGCUUCCAAGCCAUCCUGGACCACACGUACAACAAGCAUAUCAAAUCAGAACCCAACCUCCACCCUGUGCUCAUGUCCGAGGCCCCGUGGAACACGCGUGCCAAGCGGGAGAAACUGACGGAGCUGAUGUUUGAGCAUUACAGCAUCCCUGCUUUCUUCCUCUGCAAGACAGCUGUGCUCACCGCUUUUGCUAACGGCCGCAGCACCGGCCUCGUCUUGGACAGUGGCGCAACACACACCACAGCCAUUCCGGUCCAUGAUGGUUACAUCCUGCAGCAAGGCAUUGUGAAAUCCCCGCUGGCCGGAGACUUCAUCUCCAUGCAGUGCCGUGAACUUUUCCAGGAGAUGAAUAUCGAGAUCAUUCCACCCUAUAUGAUUGCAGCCAAGGAGCCUGUGCGUGAAGGGGCCCCCCCAAACUGGAAGAAGAAGGAGAAGCUGCUGCAAGUUAGCAAGUCCUGGCAUAAUUACAUGUGCAAUGAGGUCAUACAAGAUUUCCAGGCCUCUGUGUUGCAAGUCUCUGAUUCUCCCUACGAUGAGCAGGUGGCCGCCCAGAUGCCCACCGUCCACUACGAGAUGCCCAAUGGCUAUAAUACGGACUAUGGGGCGGAGCGGCUUAGGAUCCCCGAGGGGCUCUUUGACCCCUCCAAUGUGAAGGGCCUGUCUGGAAACACCAUGUUGGGGGUCGGCCACGUAGUCACAACCAGUAUCGGCAUGUGCGACAUUGACAUCCGGCCCGGUCUGUAUGGCAGCGUCAUCGUCACUGGUGGCAACACCUUGCUACAAGGCUUCACGGACCGGCUUAACCGGGAACUGUCCCAAAAAACGCCACCGAGCAUGCGCUUGAAGCUCAUUGCCAGCAACAGCACCAUGGAGAGGAGGUUCAGCCCCUGGAUCGGGGGCUCCAUCCUGGCAUCUCUAGGCACCUUCCAGCAAAUGUGGAUUUCCAAACAGGAGUAUGAGGAGGGGGGCAAACAGUGCGUGGAGCGGAAAUGCCCCUGAAAGGAGGCCUGGCCCCCCUCCUCACCCCACCCAAGGGGCCCCCUGUGGAUGCUGCAGCCCCCUCUGCCCCACACCUUGGUUUGGGGAAGCCUUCAGGGCCGCGUGGUGGAGGCCCAAGGAGGCCCCGUCCUCCCUCCCCUCUCAAGACGGGCCCCAUUCUGCCCCACCCAACCCAACCCCUGCCUCCCGUCUUCUAGCCCCCACUCCACUUCCAAAGAGUCCAGGACUGCCGCCCCCCACCUUGCUCCAGACCCCCUGGGCUCGAAGGCUGGCCUCGUCCCACCACCGCCCCUACGCCCCGCCCAGAGAACCCAGGAGUCCGGGGCCCCAAUCCGCAGGGCCAGGCUCUGGAUCUCUGUGUGCGGCCUUGGAGGGCUGCCUGCGCCCGCAGCGGGGCCUCCCUGUGUCCGUUGGUGUCCAGUGGCGCCCCCCCCCCUCGCUGGCUGCCGCUCACCCUCUCAUCUUCCGGUGACCAUUUUGAUAUGUGACCCAGUUGGCUUUCUUUCUUCGCUGGAUGGCUUAAUUUAUGUUUUGAUGGUUUACAUUUUUGGUGUUGCAAAAUAAUAAAUGUCUGGGUUUGGUUGGU